UCUAUCCUCCUCCUCUCCUCAUCCUUUCCUCCCUCUUUUUCUUCUUCUCCUGUUCUCUGUCCUUCUAUCCUCCUCCUCUCCCCAUCCUUUCCUCCUUUUUCUUCUUCUCCUGCUCUCUGUCCUUCUAUCCUCCUCCUCUCCCCAUCCUUUCCUCCUUUUUCUUCUUCUCCUGUUCUCUGUCCUAUCCUCCUCUUCUCAUACUUUCCUCCUUCUUUUUCUUCUUCUCCUGCUCUUCCUCUGUCUAUUCUCUUCCUCCUCUUCCUUCCUUCACUUCAUUUCUUUCCUCCUCAUCUCCUCUAUUCUUCAUUUUCCUCCUCUUCUUUUUCCUCUCUUCCUCUCCUCUCCUCCUCUUCUGUCUCCAAGGACGAUGCCCUGGUUCCGGUGACCUCUGACUCCCAAGCUCUGAGCGUGUCAGUGUCAUCAGGGGGCGGAGCAGGAAGUGGUAGCGAUGAGGAGGGGUCAGGCCAGGCCCAGCCCAAGCGUCUCCACGUUUCCAACAUCCCCUUCCGCUUCAGAGACCCGGACCUCAGACAGAUGUUUGGGCAAUUUGGCAAGAUCCUGGAUGUGGAGAUUAUCUUUAAUGAGAGAGGGUCAAAGGGUUUUGGGUUCGUGACCUUUGAGAGCGCAAUGGAGGCAGACCGAGCGAGGGAAAAACUGAACGGAACGAUCGUUGAGGGGAGGAAGGUUGAAGUGAACAAUGCUACAGCCAGAAUAGUCACCAAGAAGCCCCAAACACCUCUUGUGAAUGCCCCCGGAUGGAAGAUCAACCCUGUCAUGGGAGCGAUGUAUGCACCUGAACUCUACACCGUUGCCAGUUUCCCCUACCCCGUAGCUGCUCCCACCCUGGCCUAUCGGGGCUCACCACUGCGUGGGCGGGGCCGGGCUGUCUACAACACAAUUCGCUCAGCUGCUGCAGCCGCACCCACUGCCAUGCCCGCCUACCCUGGUGUGCUGUACCAAGAUGGAUUAUAUGGAGCUGAAGUCUAUGGCGGGUAUCCUGCAGCGUACAGAGUUGCCCAAUCACCAUCCGCUGCCACAGCAACAUACAGUGAUGGAUAUGGCCGAGUUUAUGCUGCUGCAACGGAUCCCUACCACCAUUCAGUGGGACCCACGGCAACAUACGGCGUCGGAACAAUGGCCAGUCUGUACAGAGGAGGAUACAACCGCUUCACCCCUUACUGAGCUGCCCAAUGGGAGACUGGAAGCCGUUCUGUGACAGGUUAUGACAUCACUGAGCUCUGUGUCACCUCCUGUCUGACUCCCUCCACCCUCCACUUGUCAAAUCCAACCGACUGGACAUGUAAAUACUGUAGUAGUUAUUAACGAUUUAUUCUAUCAGAGAAUACAUAUAGAAUAUAGAGCCUGAUCUAAUGUAUAGACAGUUAUUUAAAAUCUUUAUUUUACACUUAAUCUGUAUUGUUUGUGCCACAGAUUUGUUCCAGGGUUUAAAAAUGUAAAGAUUUCUGCCUCCGUACCUGGGUUAUAAGCUACUCUUUCACUAUUCUAACAGAGAGAGUUGAAUGUGAGCCAUUUUAUUUUUCAUUGGCUGGACUUCAUGGUGAAAUACUGCAACUCAAGUGGCACAACAAUACUGGUUUCUCUACAUGUUGACCUUUGUAAAAAAACGUUUUUGAUCAACGUCUGAGCUUUUGACUUUUCAAGAGUCAAGUUGUAGAGUACAAUGACAUUUUAUACAGUUAAAUUACUUAUUUUUGAUGACACUGGUUUUGUCAAUGAUGUAGAGCACUGUUUGAGAACGUUGAAGUGUGUGUGUGUGUGUGUGUCCGUGUGCUUGUGUGUGGGAGUAUGUGACGACAUUAAUACUCAAAGCACAACCUAUGAGAGACAGCAAUGGCACUGGUAGUAAUCUUUUUUUAAAUGCUUCUAGAACCCUAAUACUAUAAUUUGCAUAAAAUGUACGUAUGUUUUUGCUUUCCUAACAAUCUACCUCUGAUUCUAAAAAUGUUUCACUUGUCAAAAAAGCAUUCAGGAGCCAUUACUUCUCUCAACUAAUUAACUGUAACAAAACAUUUUUUCUUAUUUUCAUUGUUGAGCUUCUAUCCAUCUUCUCUCUGCUUUACAUAAUGCUCAAUGCUAAAUACUAGCUAUUCGACAAACUUCCCUAACCCACUUUAUAAUUUUUCUAUGGCAGCCUCAUUCUGGGUUUUACUUCGCUCUGCCUGAUGAACCUGUAACCUCCAUGGUGCUUUCCCUUAUUUCCUCUGUCCUGUUAAACUCUAUGACGUUGUCUGGUUUCCUCUUCCUGUUCUCUCGCCUGCUUCUCUCCAUUCUGUUUGAGAAUCUGUGUUCCAUCCAUAGAAAUAAUCGGAUGAGUUCUAGUUCUAUGGGUCAUCUCUCCUUCUCCAUCCUGUACUCUAGCUUCACUGUUGUUUAUUUGCUGUUGAUCUCUCAAUAAAACAUUGUUUCUGUUUCCCUUUC